AAAAAAAAAAAACAGAAAAAGCUGUAAACUUGUGUUUUGUGAAGGAGAGCUCAGAGACACGCCUCCUCGCACCAGCACGCGGAUCCGUGCUCUUGUGCUCAUUCCGCUCUGGUCUCCAAGCGGAUCUUCACACUGUCUUCAUCGUCCUGUGGAAAAAAACAGGACUAUGUAGGAUUUCGGAACGGAUCAUUAUAAGGACGGAGAUUGAGUCUUGAUUGGACUGGACUGCUCUGAUCUCCACGUCCUCUCUGCUGUACGAUGCUUUACUUUCAGCUGGUCAUCAUGGCAGGGACGGUCAUGCUGGCGUAUUACUUUGAGUACACAGACACGUUCAACGUGCACGUUCAAGGCUUUUUCUGCCACGACAGCGCGUACACGAAGCCGUACCUCGGACCGGAGGAGGCGAGCGCGGUCCCGCCGGUGCUCCUGUACGCGGUGGUGUCCGGUGUGCCCGCGCUGGUGAUCACAGGCACCGAGUCUGUGCUCUUCCUGCUGCAGUAUAUCUCUGAAGAUCUGGAUAACAGGGAGAAGAUUAUAGUGAUGGGCGACUGCUGUUACCUUAACCCCCUUGUACGCAGGACAUUUCGCUUUCUUGGUGUGUAUGCAUUUGGCCUCUUCGCCACAGAUAUCUUUGUGAAUGCGGGUCAGGUGGUAACUGGAAAUCUGUCCCCUUACUUCCUGACUGUGUGUAAACCCAACUACACGGCUCUGGGAUGCCAGCAGGUCGUCCGCUUCAUCAGCCAACAGGAAGCAUGCACGGGGAACAGUGACGACAUCCUCCGUGCUCGCAAAUCUUUUCCUUCUAAAGAGGCUGCUCUCAGUGUCUACGCUGCACUUUACAUCGCUAUGUACAUCACAUGCUCAGUGAAGUCCAAAGGCACACGUCUGGCCAAGCCUGUUGUCUCUCUGGGUCUCGUGUGCCUGGCUUUUCUGACCGGAAUAAACCGUGUGGUGGAGUAUCGGAAUCACUGGAGCGACGUCAUUGCCGGCUUUAUCAUUGGAUCGGCCAUCGCUGUUUUCAUGGUGGUUUGUGUGGUGAAGAACUUCAAAGGAAAAUCUCUGCUUAGUGAAAUACCGCCUGAGGAGAAUGUUUCUACCGCUCCCAUGCUUGGAGAGCCCAGGAUGGAGAAAUACAUCGUCUCACAGAGUCCUAGAACCUAUGCCGAGGUCACAUGACGACGAUAUCAUGAGAACAUUCCAGAAUCCGAUGAAAACCCAGCAGCUCUUUUUGUUGACAAACAAGUGCAAUGUUAUUUUUGAGGGACCGUAAACCUUUUUUUUUUUUUUUUUACCAUAAAUUUCUGCAGCGCUACCUAUAAACCCAAAUUUUCCUUGUCUUGUUCUUUUACCAAAUGUAGUGCAUAUUCCUAUUUUUAUAACAAUGACCAGUUUGUAUCACUGUCCUUCAAUACACGAUGACGGGAAUUGAAGCUGUCUUAGUUAAGACAUUUUGACACGUGGUUUAUGUAUAAAUAGCUUGUACUGUAUGUUACAACAGUUUCUCAGUGUAUGAUUUAUUAAUGAUCCAUAAAUUCAUUUUACCGUCCAUAUAUAGUGUGCAUUAAUACCACUGUCUGAGCAAUACUUAGAUUACUUAAUCUGUCUCUUGUGGGAUCUUAUUUGUAUUCUUCCUAGUGAUUGUGAUGAUUGAUUUUCUUUGAAAAAACUGUUAAGUAAGGAAUUAAACAUGACAGGGUGUGCUGUCAUACAGGGUAGGCCACGGAAAAGUAGCCUGUCUCCAAUAUUGGUGCCACGCUCAUUGGAGGCGGCCAUAGCCCCUUCCUCUCUGUCUGCCGACUGUCCAUCUGUCUGGCGGGCUACUUUUCCGUGGUCCACCCUGUAGAAUUAGUUGAAUGAUUUUUUUCAACUAAAACACAACAUAUAAUUUUUGUCUGUUUAUAGCUACAUUUAUUGCUAUGGAAUGUCUGUGAACUUUGUUUGUGUUAUCAUUUAUUUUAUUGCAGCUAUAAACAUAUGUUCAGUCAACAGACUUUGUUUUUCUUUUCUCUUUAAUUUGUUAAGAUUAUUCAAAACUUGUUGACUAGUUAAACAAUCUUUAACUUUCUCAAAGCCACACAUCUGGAAGACUUUCCUACAGUAUGCUUGAAAAAUAAAGCUUAUAGCUUUACGUCUGUCUGUUACUAAGUGUGAUAGCGACUCCUUCCAAUUAGACAUACACCUGUUUUUAUAUACGUUUUUUUUUCCUACAUCUGCUUAUGUGGAGCAUCUCUUAUACAAAUCCCUGUGUAAUAUAAAGAAUUGGUUUCAUAUUGUGAUGAAUCCGAAUGUGUUAAUAUAAAGCUUGCAGCUGGAACUUUUAAUAAUUAACAUUGUCUGACCAAUCAGAAUUGAGAAUUUAACAGAGCUGCGAUAUAACGAAAUAGUUUGCUAUUGGAAAUUGUUUUGUGGAUUUCCAGUAUCUGUUUAAAAAUGUGUAUAAAGUUGCACACACAGCCGAGUAACAUGGUCCUACAGAUGUUUUGGUCAUUUCUGGUCUGCAGUAUGAGAGAUGUGAUAAGUGUCAACUAAGAUUGAUUUUGGUGUCAUCGUUAGAGGCAGCGGCUCAGCCAGGCCCGGCACAUUUAAUUGACUGGAGAUUAAAGAACUCACGAAAGAUUAGACAUGCUUAGAUUUUGUACACACUGUCCAGCCUCUGUGAAUCCUUUGGGUGUGUGUGUGGGUUAAAGGACCUUCUUCAUGUGCUCCACAUAAUGACAGGAUGACACAGUUUUAUCAGUUGAGCCUUGUCAGACAAUCUGCUGUUUAAGUCUAAAUGAUAUCUUUACCUUAAAGAGAGAUCAUAAUGUGACAGGGCUGUUUAUCAUUUAUUCUCAUUCUUUAUUCCCGAUGUGGCACACUCACAUUCUUCAAGGCCAGCGCAUGGUUUAUUGUUCAUCUAGGUCUAAUAUGUCUAACACAUUUCAUGUUGGAGUUUAAAUGUGUGUACAAAUCUUUAUCAGAUAUUUUUUGUGGGGGGGGGGGGGAUUCAAAAAAAAGAUGUAAAAAAGUAGGUACCUUCAUAAUCAGAAUACUAAAACAGCUACAUUCGGGUUAAAAGCAUGGAAGAAACACAAACACAAAACACAAACAGAAAUGUACACUAUAUGGACAAAAGUUUGUGGACACCUGGAUAUACAUUUUUUGUAUGCUUUUUGAACAUCCCAAUUGUUAUAAUAAUGUACUCUUCUGGGAAGAUUUGGCACUGGAUUUUAGAUUGUUUGUGCAGAUUUGAGCUCAUUCAGCUAGAAAAACAUCAGAAAAAUCAAGUCAGGUACUGUUGUAACUAAGGUGAGGAGACCUUGUGUUGCAGUAGCAUUUUAAUUCUUCCCAGAAAUGUUCAGUAGGAUUGAGGUCAGAGCUCCAUAACAGGCCACUCAAGAUCUUUUACUCCCACCAAUGUAACACAUCUUUAUUGAGCUGGCUUUGUACAGAGGGGCAUUGCCAUCCUGGAAAAGGUUUGGUUCCCCUAGUUAAAAUAAAAGGAAAAUUUAAUGCUUCCACAUCCCAAGAUGUCCUAUACAAUUGUGUGCUUCCAACCUUGUGGUAAAAGUUUUGGGAAGAAGCACAUAUGUCUGGAAACGUGAGGUAUCCCAAUACCUGUCCCUGUACAGUAUAUGCUUUUAAUUACAGCAUUUGUGUGUUUUUUAGUUAUUUGUUUAUGUGCAAUAUAACAUUUUCUAUAUCUUAACGUUCAUUUAACAUGAAAAUCCGAAUCAAUUCAUUCAAAAAUAUGUUAACUACAAACAUUAUGCAAACAUAUUUAUGCUUAAUGCAAACAAUGCAAACCAAAUAUAACCAUUAUUAUUAUAUAAUAUAUAAUAUAUUUUUAGUUAUUAUAUAUAAUAGUUUUAGUGGUUUAUAUGUAAAAAAAUAAAAAAAGAAAUUAUCCAUUUUGUUUGUACAGUAUGCUGGUAAUAUAAGCUGGUUUCAGCAUGUGAGAUUCAUUUGUAGGGAGUGUUCUCAUUUCACGAAGUCAUGCCAUUUAUGGAAUGUGACAAUGCAUAGAAGUACUUUCUUGAUCUUUUAAAUAUUAAUGUCUAGUCUCAUCAAACAUCUGUGAACUAUAAAGUUUGUCUAUACAGUCCAAUGUGCAACAGAAGUAGCUUUAUAUAGAAGUUAAGUAGAAAAGGCUAAUUUUUGUAAGAUUUUCUUUUUUCCAUAAUAUCACUAUAUACUGUAUUUAAUAAAGGUCAAAUAUAACAGGCUAAAAUGGAAUAAUAUUUAAUUUCCAACAGUGUUUGUGGGAAAUACAUAGUGUCAUUUAUUAAAGUAAAGCCAAUAAGAUUUUGGGAAGUGUAGUUUCUGUCCUCUCCCUACUACCCUGACAAAUAGAAACUAAUUGCAGGUCGGAAGUAAAGUUGUAAGGAGCAGAAUCUAAAGAACAUUGGACUACAUUGUAUCGGUCCUAGGAAUCUUCUGAGAUUGUUGUUUUAACUGUGUCAUGCUUAUACUGUAAAUUGCAUCCAAUUUAUUAAAUGAACAUAUUUUUCAAACUA